GAUAAACUGUUCACUUUGAGAAAAUUUAAAAAAAAAUAAAAUACAAAACAUCAAUCCCGAAUCCCGAUUAUUUCUAGUUUUUCAAGAAGUAAAUGUUGUAAGUUUUCACUAUGAGUGGGAGAUCAUGGAGAGGAAGAAGGGCAGGUAGACAGAGACAUUCUGGGGAAGCCUCAACUUCUAGACAUUCUCAUUCUCGACCACCGGGUUUAAGAGGACGAGAAAUAGGCCUGUGGUAUAGAGAUCAGGGGAGAAGAGGAGGACGCUCAGAUAAGUCCACAAGAGAUGACUUGAAUACUAAACCACUAAGUACAAUACUAAUUUCCCAGAAUAAGAAAAAUGCCAUUGAACAAUUACUCGAUGAAACUUCUAAUUUACAUCCUACAUCUUCUUCUGACAAAAGCGGGUCCUAUAAACACUUAGAAGAAACAGAAUUCAAACAUGAAUUUCUAAAGCACAAAGGUGGAAGUAUUAUUGAUAAAUUAAAGUCCAUACACGAGAGCAGAUCCAAAUUUAAAAACAUUAUCGAAGAUGAUAGGCUUUUAUUAGACAUGCAAAGAAAAGAAUCUAGUAGUAAUUAUAAAAAAAUGCUAGAAUUCAGGAGCAAACUUCCUUCCAUGAAAAUGAAAGAUGAAAUUUUAAAUUUAAUAGAACAUAAUCAAGUAACUGUAAUUAGUGGAGAAACUGGCUGUGGCAAGACAACACAAGUAGCUCAAUUUAUUCUUGAUGAUUUUAUUAAAAAAUCUAAAGGCUCAGAGUGUAAAAUCAUCUGUACACAGCCACGCAGGAUUAGUGCGAUAUCUGUGGCAGAGAGAGUAGCCUGUGAAAGAGACGAAAAAUUAGGUGAAAGUGUCGGAUUUCAAAUAAGAUUAGAAAAAAUGAUGCCCAGAGAAAAAGGCUGUAUUUUGUAUUGUACAACGGGUGUUUUAUUAAAAUUGAUGGAAGGUAAUCCAGGAUUACACGAUGUUUCUCAUGUAAUCUUAGACGAAAUUCACGAGAGAGACGUUAUGACAGAUUUUAUGAUAACUUUACUGAAAGACGUUAUCAAAUAUCGAAAUGACUUGAAAGUUAUAUUGAUGAGUGCCACAUUAAACUCUGAAGCUUUUUCGAAAUAUUACAAUAAUGCGCCUCACUUAAAUAUUCCAGGUUUUACUUAUCCUGUUCAAGAAUAUUUUCUAGAAGACGCCUUAGCUUUAACAGGAUUUAAAUUUGAUGAAUAUGAUAGAACAAGUAGGAAUAAGUCGGAGAAAUAUCAAGAAUGGCUGGAACUUUUUGGGCCAUAUUUCAGGCAAUUGGCGGCUGAAGGAAAAUAUUGUAAAAGUGUUAUUACCGAACUUAGCAAACCCCAAUCAGAAGAAUUAAAUAUUUUUCUGAUUUUUGCAUUAAUUAGGAAAAUUUGUGAAAACUUUGACGAUAACGGAGCCAUUUUAGUUUUUGUACCGGGCUUUGGUGAAAUCCAAAAAAUUUGUAACAAAAUCGAAGAAAGUAUAUAUUUCCCUAGAUCGAAAUACAUAGUUAUUCCUUUACACUCUCAGCUGCCCACAACAGAACAGAAACAAAUUUUUAAUCCAGCUCCAAGAGGUAUGCGCAAAAUCAUAGUCUCGACAAGUAUAGCAGAAACUUCAAUUACAAUCGACGACGUCACCACCGUGAUAGAUUGUGGCUAUAUAAAAAUUAGCAAUCUCGACUCCGAAACCGGAAUUGAAACUCUGCAACCAGAAUUCGUAUCGCAAGCCAACGCCGCUCAGAGAAAAGGUCGCGCUGGUCGCGUGAAAGCUGGAGUUUGCUUUCAUUUAGUCAACAAAUAUCGUUACGAUCUUUUAGAUCGAUUCUUAAAACCUGAAGUAUUAAGGAAACGGCUCGACGAUGUCAUUUUGCAACUGAAAAUGCUGCAACUUGGCGAUGCGGAGCCGUUUUUAGGCAAACUUAUGGACCCACCGGAACCUCAAUCGGUCCAAUCAUCCGUUUAUCUUUUGAAACGAUUGGGAGCUCUCGAUGAAGAAGAAGGUUUAACUCCAUUGGGCUAUCACAUGGCUAAAAUAUCUGUGUCAGCUCAAUGCUCAAAAAUGCUCAUCUUGGCUUCAUUGUUUAGCUGCAUCGAUCCUGUUUUAUCGGUGGCAGCUACUUUGAGUUUCAAAGAUGCGUAUCAUCUUAAUCUCUCCGACGCUAAAGAUGCUGACAAAAAAAGAUUUGAAUUGUCAAAAGGCAGUAAUAGUGAUCACAUGACCAUGCAUUAUGCGAUAAGAGGCUUUGAAGAUGCUAAUCGAUCACGUGAGUUUUGCCAUAGAUAUUAUUUGAGCUGGCCCAUUUUGAAGAUGUUGAUAGAUAUGAAAAAACAAUUAGCCCAGCAAUUGUUCGAUAUGAAGUUUACCGACAAUUCAAACCCGAGGCAUUUUUCUAAUAAUUACAAUAGUGAUAAUACAGGAUUGGUUAAGGCUAUUAUUUCAGCAGGCUUGUACCCUAAUGUGGCCAUACUUGCCAACAGACGGAAAUAUACGAGUAUGAAAUCUAUUACUAAUGAAACCAUGAAGUUUCAUAUGAAAUCAGUGUUGUGUCAAAUGCCAUCUUACCCAUCAAAUUUGUUAGUUUAUCACAAUAGAAUAAAAACGGCGAGUCUUUGUGUUCACGAUGCUACCAUCAUAUUUCCUUUACCCAUUGUAUUUUUUGGGGAUCAAUUCAAAAUACAUAAUGACGAAAAUGAUUUCGUUUAUUGGAGUGUCAGUUAAUGGCAAUAUGAGGUUUACGUGCACUGAAAGCACUUCUGCCAUUAUUUAUAGGCUUAAACAACGUGUUAAUCAGAUUUUGGAAUGGAAAAUUUCAAAUCCAGGAUAUAUUGAUUGGAUGAGUGACAGUUUUGAAGUACAAAUUUUGAGGGUAAUAAUGGAUUUGAUUGCUAAUGAAGAUGAGGAAAAACAGGAUCUUAGCGACUUUGAUGAUAAAUAAAUUUAUCAAAUAUAAAAAUUGUUUAAUGAGAAAUAAAUAAUUAUUUUCCGCAAACCUCAAAAAAUGACGACUUUUUUAACCUCAAUUCUUAAUGUUGAAGUUUGACUUCACAGACGUCAUUUUUUUGGUUACUUUUUUGUACGCUCACGGCCAGACACAGAAAUUUCCUAGAUUCCUUCGCUUUAAACACCAUUUGCGGAAAAAAUCGUAUGUUUUAUUCGGAGAAUAGUUAUUUUUGUAUCAAGGGCACGAAAUGCUACUUUGGUGAUCGAGAUCUGAUUUUUUUAACGAGGCGCAGCCGAGUUGAAAAAAUAGUCGAGUGAUGGCAAUGUUAAAAAAUCAAUACCUGGGAAAAAAAGUGUCACUUCGCAAACUGUCAUGAGUGUGCGAACAUCAUCAUUUUUUGACAGUUGUAGAAAAAAGUACUUAUUUGUGGCUCAUCUAAAAUUGUCACAACAUUUAGUCUCGCCACAAAAAGUAUCACUUUUACUCCUAAUAAAACAAUAUACUAUUUUAAUUACGUUUUUUAAUACUUCAAUAAUUUUUAGCAAUACCUAAGUAUUUUCCUUUUUUCCCCUGACAACUUGGAAGGAAUUGGCAGAAUAUUAGGCUGAUACUCUAGUUUCCAGAGCCAUAUUGUCGUAUCUAGGAUAAUAGGGCAUCUCUCUUCGGUAAAUUAAACUAAUUCAUUUUCCAAAAAAGUUCAUGGAUUACAGGAAGACCAUCGAUCACGUUACAUGUAAAUAACAUUGCAAGUUGAACGAAUUAUUAAAUUAUUAAUUUGUACGGACAUGGAACUGAAAUCCAUAGAAGGUCAAUGACGACGCCAGGUCAUCGGUAAUUAUUACUAGUUAUUGUAUUUAGAAAUCACGUACCAUGGUGGCUCGACUAGCAUAAAAUAAAGUAGUUUUGGAAGAUGAGUUAUCAGUCUCAAAGAGUGAAUUUUCCGCGAUAGUAGUUAGUAGUAAUAGUGCCUUUUAGUCUUGUGACAAUAAAGAAAUUGCACAGACCUAAGAAGCUUUGGACGUCUUUAACACUUCUAGGUUGAGGAAAAUGUUUCACCGCCACUAGUUUUUCCUCGUCUGGGAGUAGUCCGUCUUCGGAAACCGUAUACCCUAAAAUGUUUAUUUUUC